GCCCUCUGCGCUCUCUGCCCGGAUCCGCAGCGCAGCGCUUCGCAGAAACAUGAUCGGGAACAAGCCGCGCCUACGCUACAAUACGUGAAUCUACCCUCCAUCGACCCCUUUUCUGCGACUUUACACCCUGUACGGAACUAUACGCGCCUUUUGAUUUUGGAAACACCCGAUUUAACGCAGCAGGUCUACCAUGACCAACGAGGAGCCACUGCCCAAGAAGGUUCGCCUCAAUGAAUCCGACAUGAAGACGCUGACCAGAGAGGAACUAUGUACGAGAUGGAAACAACAUGAGUCCUAUCUCCAGGCACUGGAGGCUAAAUAUGCAGAUUUGUGCUCUAAUGAUGUGCCCGGACUGAAGGAGUCAGAGGAGAAGCUGAAGCAGCAGCAGCAGGAGUCUGCUCGGAGGGAGAACAUCCUGGUCAUGAGAUUGGCCACCAAGGAGCAGGAGAUGCAGGAGUGCACAACUCAAAUCCAGUACCUCAAGCAAGUCCAGCAGCCCAGUGCAGCCCAACUGCGGUCGGCCAUGGUGGACCCUGCCAUCAACUUAGUUUUCCUCAAAAUGAAGACUGAACUGGAACAGACUAAAGACAAACUGGAGCAGGCCCAAAAUGAACUGAGUGCCUGGAAAUUUACACCUGAUAGCCAAACGGGGAAGAAGCUGAUGGCCAAGUGUCGAAUGUUGAUCCAGGAGAACCAGGAGCUGGGGAGGCAGCUGUCCCAGGGCCGCAUCGCUCAGCUGGAGGCGGAGCUGGCCCUGCAGAAGAAGUACAGCGAGGAGCUCAAGAGCAGCCAGGAUGAGCUCAACGACUUCAUCAUCCAGCUGGACGAGGAGGUGGAGGGCAUGCAGAGCACCAUCCUGGUGCUGCAGCAGCAACUCAAGGAGAGCCGACAGCUACUGUCCCAGGCACAGGGCAGCGCGGCUGGGCCCAGCAGGACUUCACUGUGUGCCUCCAAAGAGCCAGUUGCUCCGGAGCAGCCCAGUACUCCCAAUGAACCUGUGGGCAAAGACUACAGGGUGUCCAACGGACCAAGCAACGGGAACUCUUCACAGAGGAGCGAGACCACCACGCCCAGCCUGUACAGGGAGGUGAGCAGCACAGAGGAGGACUUCCCCAUGUCCCCCAACGUGUCCAGCCCCGGAGAAGCUGAGAGCAAACUGUCCAAUCACUCAGAGGAGGCAGGGGGUCAGACUGCAGCCAGGGCCCAGCUGAGUGCGGGCUACGAGAGCGUGGACUCUCCCACAGGCAGUGAGACGUCACUGACCCAACACUCCAACGAUACAGACUCCACCACCGACCCCCACGAGGACAAGGCCCUGAGCCGGGCCACCCGGACUGCAGGCUCCAGACACGCCCACAACGGCCUGGACUCGGGCACUGGAGACUCCUCGCUUUUGUAAUCCACUUCAUCAUGUACCUUUUAUACUAUCAAAACAAGGCUACAAGUCCCAACAUGUUUUGUUCUCACCCUUGUUCCCCUGCCUACUGUGAGCCAGUCAGGUUUGUGUUGCUAAACGGUGAUAUUUAAAAUGGGUUCAUGUUCGAUUUGACUUGAGUGGAAGUAAGUCUAAUUUAAACUAGUUUGAUUCUGACGUUUCUCUGCGCACGUCUCCUGUUAUUGUUUGAGCUCUUGACACAGAUCAUGCAUCAUCUGUUGUAACUUGUCAAACUGUUUUGAAUUACAGUAGGUUCAAUAAAUGCAAGGCCAUUUUCAGAUGACGUUGUUGACCAGAUUUUUUUUUUUUUUUUUAAUGCCAUUUGAAUUUUACAUUCAGAGAAAAACUAUGUUCAAAAAAUUCUGUUCAGUUGUGCGUAGCUAUAUGCGAUGUUCAUAUUAUUCUGACUUAAGUCCUCUACAUGUACUGACCAAAUAAAGAAUUUUAAUACUA